AGAGGGAGGGAGGGGAAGUAGGGGAGACAGGAGGGAGGGGGAGAGAGCCAGGGUCCAAUCCAUCACUCUUGGUAGAUGCCUUAUUAACCCAUUAAACGGGGAGGUUACCGGAGGGAAGGAGGGGGGACGGUCUGGAAACUGGAAAGGGCGUCUGAGCGUGAGACAGAGGAGAGGGUUGGGACAGAGGGGGGGCUAGUGGAGACACAGCGGAGUGUGUGGGAGGGAAGGAGGCUGGGAAGAGACUUCACCAAAGCCACAGGGGACCAGCCGGGUGGGCUGGGAGGGGAAAAAGUUCCUCCGCUCUUCAAGGAAGGGGACCUGACUUUGUCCUCUCCAUCCGCCUCCUCCCUCUUCCAGGCAACCUAAGUAAGCCGGAGAGCUAGGGGUGGGGGCCUCCUUCACCUUAGAGAGGCUGGGAGGAGCAGCUCAGGUCCGCACUCAUUCACACCUCCUCGAGCGGCAGAUUUGUGGCUGCUGGCCAUGAAGAGGCUGGGAGAAGAGAGCCCGUCCGACACCGAGUCUGAUGGGACCAUAGAUGUGGGCAAAGAGGAAUACAGCCAGAUCUCCAGGGCUCACUCCCCCACCACUACAUCCCAGAUGCAAGCCAGGAAAAAGAGGAGAGGGAUCAUUGAGAAAAGACGUCGGGACCGCAUCAACAGCAGCUUGUCUGAGCUUCGUCGGCUGGUCCCUACAGCCUUUGAGAAGCAGGGCUCCUCCAAGCUAGAGAAAGCAGAAAUCCUACAGAUGACAGUGGACCAUCUGAAAAUGCUCCGGGCCACUGGAGGGUCUGGACUCUUUGAUGCCCGUGCCCUGGCAGUGGACUACAGAAGCAUUGGCUUUCGAGAGUGCCUCACUGAAGUUGGCAGAUACCUUGGGAUCCUGGAGGGCCAGAGCAGUACCGAGCCCAUCCGGCUUCGCCUCCUCUCUCAUCUGCACAACUACAUUGCUGAGAUGGUGCCCUCGUCAGGGGCUGCCACAUUCCUGCCUUGCCCAGCUUGGCCAUGGGCAUUCCCCCACGGCAACUCGGCAGCCUCGAGCCAACUUCCAGUGCCCCAGCAAGGGCCCAGCCCAGGACUGGCACUCGUAACUGCCUCUUCUCUGGCGUAUUCCAUCCCCAUGCUCCGAACCACCCCUCUCCACCGAAUCUCUGGCACCAUCCUGCCUUCCCGGAAGAGCUUCCUGAGCCGUCGGGUGCCCACAGGCCCCCCUCGGGCCCGCCCUGCAGGGAGGCCGGCUAGCCCAGCUCUGGUCCCUGUGGGGAGUGGCGCAGCUUCCAGAAACAGCCACAUUGCUGCAGUCCUGCUCUCCUCCCCCUCAUGCUCUCCCUCCCCUGCAGUUCCCAUUCCUCCUCCCUACACAUCGCCCACUGCGCUGAGUCCAUCUGUUCAGGGGCCCGCAGGCAGUCUUGGCACUGCCAGACUCUGCCACUCCUGGACUACCGAGGUUGGGGCUUUCUGAGGUGAUUCCCCACCAGAUUCCUGGCACAUGCACAGCUUGCCAUUCCCUGGGACCAUGGCUGGAGCAGGCCUGGAUGGCACCAUGAUUGAUGGAAAGGGCUCCUUCUUCCAUCCCCAUCCUGCCUCUCUCCUCCUCCCUGCUUCUCGAAGUAGCCUCUCCAGUUCCGGUCUUCAUGUCCUCCUUCCUGCCUCCAGGCUCCAUCCAGCUCCCCUUCUCCCUUUGUUUUAUUAAUAAUUAUAAAACUGGCUGUCUGGUGUAUCAGAAUUAGCCUUGGACCCAAAGCCAGAGAAUUUGGCUUCCUCUCUUGCCUCUCCUCUUUCAUGACUGGGUGAACCUGAGGAAACUCCUUCUGGCUGGACCUUCGAUGGAGCCGCAUCAGAAUGGAGGGGUUGGACCAGAUCUUCUCAUCCUACAUCUUCACUUCCAGCCAGCGUUCCCCCAUGCAGAUGUAUUUCAUCAUGUAAUUGACAAGUAGGGCAUUGUGGUGCCCCCUCUAGGUGGUGUUGACAGGUGAGAUCGCCUGGGUGCCAUGGAAUCUGGCUCCUUGGGCUUUCAUAAAGAGUCCUCAUCUGGACCCUGAUCACCUACCACUAAGUCUUGAUUCCUUGACUUUGAUUCCUCCUCUGUGGCUACCCUUUAUUAAACCCCAGCCUCCCCUUUAGAGGAAUUCCCUUGAGUGACAUGGCUCUUAGAGCAAGACUCUCCAUCUAGGUGAUUCAGUGACAGCUAGUUGACAAGGUCCAUAGGGCACCGGACUUGGAAUCUGGAAGAUCUAAGUUCAAAUCCUACCCCCAGACACUAGUUGUGACCCUGGGCAAAUCCCUUAAUCUCUCAGUGCCUCAGUUUCCUCAUCUGUAAAAUGGAAGUAAUAAUAGUCCCUAUUUUCCAGGUUUGCUAUGAGGAUCAAAUGAGUUAACAUAGAAAAAAAUGCUCUGUGAAUGAUGUGUGUAUUAAUACUAGUUACUAUUCUUCCCGGAGUUGGUCAUCCAUUUCUGUGUGUCCAUGACAAAGUCAACCCGUUGUAUGGCCCUUCCUAGCAGAAAUCCUCAUCUGGGAUCAAUCACAGUGGAGGGGGAUGAAAGAGAGAAGCGGGGAAUGUUUUGAGAGAACAGAACAUUGCAUCCCAGGCCAGCUGGCCCUUCUGGGAAGUCAAGCCCAGAAGGAAUAAAUGACUUUUAAGCAGUAGUUUCUUGGGAACCUGGUUCCAGAACAAGCAGCUGGAGCACAAUGUCUGACCUCCCAGUGAAAAGUGUGAAUAAAUAUGAGGAAACACCACAAAAAGAGCCAUUGGGCAAGAUUACACUUCUGCCUUUGACCCACUUUACUCCAGAUGAAUUGGAAAAACAAGAUCACAGGAUCGAGUUUUUAUCCCUUAUUCCCACUAAAUAAAGAGCUGAAAUCACAGAAUCAGAA